ACCGCACCCUUCGGUUUGGCUCCUCUCUUGCUUUAUGUACCUGGGUGUUAGGAGGAACAGGGAAAGGCAGUUUAACUGGGGAAGAAAGUUCACAGCUGGGGAAGGAGUCCACAGGUCUCCUCUCUGCCCCUAGGCAGAGAGCAGCAAGCAGCGCCGAAGCCGACUGGUGAUCUGGCUAGUCAUUCUGGCUGUGGGGAGCGGCAGACUGGAGAAGCGCUAUAAAAGAGACCGAGAAAGUGAACCCGUGACGGCUAUGUGAAGGAGCCCUUCCCCUAAAGCCAAUCGCUUAUUCAGCCACCUAGGGAUUACAAGGAAGAGCACCUGGAGGUGACACAAAGGAAAGAUGAGGAGGACAGCAAUGGAAAGACUUUGGCCAUUGGUUUUCAGCGCCAUUCUGGUGACUGCUCAUGCCCUCACUGUGGAAGCACCUGACAAGGAAAUACAGGUGGCACGAGGGAACAACGUUACUCUCCACUGUCAUUUUAAAACUGAGGCUUCUGUUGUCUCAGGAGAUGUUGUUGUCUGGAGGAAAAUCAAUAGCGAGGAUGAUGCUGUCACUAGGUAUUUUGAUGGACUUGUACAGUAUGGCAAGGGCUAUGAAAACCGUAUACAGUUUAGCGGUGAUGUAAGCAAAGGGGACAUCAGCAUCACCAUCAAUGCAGUGACCAUGGAAGACAACGGGACAUAUGUAUGCAGCGUUCGUCUGAGGAAUGACCCCCCCAGGCAUACCGCAACCUUGUCGCUUUUUGUCCUUGUUGCACCAUCCAAGCCAGAAUGCAAGAUUUUGGGGACAGCAGAAUACGGUCAUACAAUCAAUCUGACCUGUGUUUCUCACGAGGGCUCCCCAAAGCCCAGGUACACUUGGCAAAGCUUCAACGUACAAAAUGAGCCCCGUGUACUAAGAACAACAGAAGGGGAACAAAUAACGCUGAAGAACAUCUCAGCGGAUACCUCUGGCUUUUACAUCUGCACUUCAACCAACAUUGUGGGGAAGGAAUUUUGCAACAUGACGGUCAGCGUUGUGCCACCAUCCAUGAACAUAGCUCUUUACGCUGGCAUCGCUGGUGGAGCUCUUGCUGCAGUUUUAGUUAUUGGUAUUUUAGCCUAUUGCUGCUGCUGUCGGGCGGACAAGGACAAGGACUAUGAGAUGACGGAGCAAGAAGAUAGAAAUGAACCCUCCAUGGAUAUGCCUACAAGGAAUCAGAGAGCAGAGGAUGGUUUUGAAGAUGAAUGAAGAAAGAAGCAGGAGUCCAAUGCCAUCUUCAGGAUCUGCUGAGGCA